CUUCCUCCCGCCUCCGUCCCGAACGCCGACACCGACGCCCCGAUCUCACCGAGGCCGGCGAAGCACAAGUCACGAACAACGCCGCCAGCCCCGUCUUCUUCCCGCGUAGACAUCGCCUUGUCCACCCCGAGCUGCUUCUGUCCCGCUACCGAAGGCGACGCCCCCGUCCUGCUUUGCCUCCUCUCCCUCAUUGGGGCUGAGGCCACCAUAAAAAUCGCUGACCCGCAAACCUCCUGCCUUGUUCCCUGUGAUCCGCCGAAGCAAGAGCCAGCCGAAAUAAUCUCUGUCCCUGUUUCAUCACUCGGUUCCACCCCCCUGACGGUAGGAUGCAGAACCCUGGCGGCAAUCAUCCUGCUCCAGCCGCAGCAGCGCCGGGCAAGUCCAAGUCGUCUGCGCAGGGUGCGGUAGUGGCCUCGGGCCAUAGCCAUCAGCCCUCCCCAGCCACGCCUGCGGCUGCCAAGUCCAAGUCCUCGGCCACGGCAGGGGCCUCCGGCCACUGUCAUCACUCCUCCCCGUCCAUGCCUGUGGUGGGCAAGCCCAAGCCCUCAGCGCAUGCCUUGGCACCGGGCCAGGCGUCCAUUUCUCACCAACCACACUCCGUCAGCGUUGCUGAUGCAGCUGCAUCGAGCCUUAAGCGCAAGCGUAGCGUCUUCCAGAAAGACCUGCAGCACAUGAUGUAUGGGUUUGGGGACGAUCCAAAUCCACUUCCUGAAACAGUUGCACUUGUGGAGGACAUUGUUGUAGAAUAUGUUACUGACCUCGUCCACAAGGCUGAGAAUGUGGCUUCAAAGAGGGGAAAGCUCUUGACAGAGGAUUUUCUUUACCUUAUCAGAAAGGAUAUGCGGAAAUUGCACCGCUCUACUGAGUUACUCUCCAUGAAUGAAGAGCUCAAGCAAGCAAGGAAAGCAUUUGAUGUGAAUGAAGAAACACUAGUAGUAACUAACGAGUGAUACCUCCUUGAGGAGCCACAGAGACUUCAGUAUCUGCAAUAUCCCACUAACUUGGUCAUACGAUGCAUAUUUGCUUCAGUUGGAUGCCAGUCAGCAUCCAUUAUGUUUGCAGAAGUUUGUUUCCUGUCAAUUUGGCGUCAGGUAGCACUUCCCACUGUACUUAAUGGAUGAUUGUAUGCUCCGCUCA